AUGAAUAACACGUCACUAUGCAUGUGGCCAGAAAAAGUACAACGCUGUGAUACUGUUCUACUUCUUCAACGUAUAUUUUCAGCUGUCUCCCUAAUUGGUUGCAUAUUCAUUAUUGCAUUAAUAUGGCUGUUUAAGACAUACAAGUAUUUUGUGCAACGGUUGAUCUUUUUUCUCAGUGUUGCAGCAGGAUUUCAAAGUUUGGUUUUUUUAAUCAGUAAUUUACAUAACAGUGAUAAAGUUUGUCAAUUUCAAGCUGUUAUGUUGCAAUACUUUGGAUGGUCCACUUUGUUAUGGGUAGUGUGCAUGACCGUUAAUAUUAUUUUAGUUGUAAGAGGUUUUUCGAAUACAAGCAAAUUUGAGAAAUGGUAUCAUGUCCUAUCCUGGAUUCUUCCCAUUUUUUGGUCUGGGUUACCGUUUAUUGGACAUCAAUAUGGGUCAGCUGGAGUUUGGUGUUGGAUUAAACGGGAUGCAACUCUUUUCAGAUUUGGUACUUGGUAUGUUCCAGUUUAUGUCCUCAUCUUAUUUUUAGCAUUUGCAUAUUUGUAUGUAUUUGUUAAAGUGUUGAAACAGAGUGGACGUUGGAGUGGGACUUACAAUGCACAGACUCAACAUGACAAUGUCAUGCUAGUGAAAGAAGUCAAGCCGCUUGCUGCUUUCCCCUUGAUAUACUUGCUGAUGACUAUUCCUACAACCAUCUAUCGCAUCGAUGAUGCUGUACAUCCGCAAAAACUACCAAGUUAUGUUCUCUUAAUCAUAAGUUCAAUCUGUAAUCCAUUGGUUGGUUGUCUUAACGCAAUUGCGUUUGCAUUCUAUGGGGAAAUUCAUGCUCUGUUGACCUGGAGCAAAAUUAAAUCUGCAUGGAAGUCUCGUUUUGCUGCUUCAACUACGAAUGUGACACAUAAUUAUGAUGUUUCCGAGAAUUUGCCAGAGCAAGCAAGCUAUGAAAGUUUUCAUGAUGAAAAUUAA